AUGGUCUUCUUGCCUUCGAAAGAGGUCGGUGAGCUAGGGACGGUUCCCGACAGUAUUCCGAUCUGUGAUUUCAUUCUCAACGAAAAAUAUGGACGAGUGGCACACAAUAGUUCUCGGGAUCCAUACACAUGCGGCCUGACCGGAAAAUCAUAUUCGUCGCAUGAGGUCGUGGACCGCGUGGAUCAUUUGGCUCGGGGCCUCUCCAAAGAAUUUGGCUGGGCACCGAAUGAGGGUUCGGAAUGGGAUAAGACGCUGGCCGUCUUCACGCUGAAUACGAUCGAUUCGGUACCCCUUUUCUGGGCCGUUCAUAGAUUAGGCGGCGUUCUAUCUCCAGCGAAUGCAUCCUAUUCCGCCGCCGAGUUGACACAUCAAAUCCUCGACUCAAAGGCGAAAGCGUUGGUCACCUGCGUUCCUCUCCUGGCGAUCUCUCUUGAGGCUGCAGCCAAGGCUGGUCUCCCAAGAAACCGGAUAUAUCUCCUAGAUUUGCCCAAGCAACUCUUCGGCAACGCGAAGGUCCCAACAGAGUUCAAAACUGUUACAGAAAUCGCCGAGGCUGGCAGGUUAUUGCCUCCAGUUGAGGAAUUACAAUGGAGUGCGGGAGAGGGUGCUCGGAGAACAGCGUUUCUGUGCUACUCGAGUGGAACUUCUGGUUUGCCGAAAGGAGUUAUGAUCUCGCACCGCAAUGUAAUCGCCAACGUACUGCAGAUAGAUGCAUUUGAAAAGAAUUAUCGGAAAAAGAAAGCGCCACCGGGAGGCAUUUACACUGCCGUGUCGUUGGGACUUCUUCCCCAAAGCCACAUCUAUGCCCUUGUGGUCAUUUGCCAUGCUGGUGCAUACCGGGGAGAUCAGACAAUUGUUCUUCCUAAGUUUGAACUGAAAUCAUACCUUUCCUCGAUUGUGAAAUUUAAAAUUUCCUCGCUCUUCUUGGUUCCUCCAAUUAUCAUACACAUGCUAGGUGCCAAGGAGGAGUGCUCCAAGUAUGAUCUUAGCUGUGUGCAGAGCUUGUUCACUGGUGCCGCACCAUUGGGACCAGAGACUGCAGCAGAUUUCCUCAAAGUGUGGCCGAAUGUUCUUAUUCGGCAGGGUUAUGGCUUAACAGAAACGUGCACAGUGGUUAGCUCUACUCAUCCUGACGAUAUCUUCCUUGGUUCCUCCGGCACCCUAGUUCCAGGAUUUGAGGCUAGAAUUAUGACACCAGAAGGCCAAGAAAUCACAGAGUACGAUACACCAGGCGAGCUCGUUGUCAGAGGCCCAAGUGUUGUCUUGGGCUAUUUGAACAACGAAAAGGCUACCAAAGAAACAUUUGAAGAUGGCUGGAUGCGCACCGGGGACGAGGCAGUCGUACGACUCGGUCCCAAACACACAGAGCACAUAUUCAUUGUCGAUCGCAUCAAGGAAUUGAUUAAGGUCAAGGGUCUCCAAGUUGCCCCGGCUGAACUCGAAGCCCACCUUCUGGCCCACCCGGAUGUUUCAGAUUGCGCUGUUGUCGCCAUCCCUGAUGACCGCGCUGGGGAGGUUCCUAAGGCCAUUGUGGUGAAGGCACCUUCGGCAGGCUCGGACGACUCCGUCUCUGAAAAGCUGAUCAAAUAUGUCGAGGACCACAAAGCUCGUCACAAGUGGUUGAAGGGGGGCAUCAGAUUUGUUGAUGCUAUUCCUAAGAGCCCUAGUGGUAAGAUUCUUCGCCGAUUAAUCCGUGACCAAGAGAAGGAGGCACGAAGAAAGGCUGGUACCAAGCUUUAG